AUGGAGCCGCCCAUACACAUCACGCGGCGGUCCCGAAGCCACGGCGCUCUCAACAGAAGCUAUUCGAGUACAUCCGCUUCCGAUUCGUCUCGUCUCCAUCGACCACGUCGUGCCCAUUCCCGUCAGCAGCUGCGCAGCGUCAACGAGAACUCAUCUCUACUCGUGUCCCCAGGUCCCCUGGAGAGCAUGCUCAAGACCACCACCGAGACGGGGGAUAUCGGUUUGUUCUCCAUCAGACCAGCUCGCUCGUCAGGGAAUUUGCAAGCUUCUUCACCCCGUCGGAGACCAGCUUAUGGCGGAACACCGCUCAACAGACGUCCCAAUGGCGAUGGGAUGAGGAGUUAUAGUCUCCGGGACGACCGAAGAUGGCUACCAUCAUAUCGAGACACCACAUCCGAGAUCAUCUCCAUGUACGGAUCCGAUAGCCGGUACUCUGCCUCCGCCUCAAGCGCACUUACACGCCCAUGUGACGACAUGGGAGAUAGGUCUUACUCCAUGACAACGUGUAGCUCACACCGCCCGCCGAGUCAAAAAACAUCAGGGGACCUCCAGAGCCAGCAGCAGGAAGGCUAUCUCCAGAGGCCUCGCUCUCCCUACCCAUACCCAACGAGGCUUAAACGGCCAGGGGUUCGGCCCGCUUCACCAGCCUUGACGGAGAAUGGGGCCGUCGAUUAUAGUAAAAUGCCGACCUAUCCUCAGUAUGGCAAUCGACAAGUACCGCGGCUUCGCCAGGAUGGCACCAGCUCAAGUGAAUCGUUUUCGAGUUACGCUGCGGCCGAGAAGCAUAGUCUUUCUGCCGGCCUGCCCCUGUCCCCCGCUCCGUGGGGCCAUCGUUACCGCGGUCGUCUUGGGAGCAGCGCAUCUGAACACAGCCUUAGGACUUCUAGUUUAACAUCGAUUCUUAACAUGUACCAACGUUCGACGUGUGGGCCACCGACCCGGGACCCGUCUCUUCGCGUGAAACCACCGGGCACCUUCUAUUACGAUUACUCGGAAGGUUUCGAUUACACGAAUGAUAGCCCUCCGCCGUUACCUGACCUUCCCUCUGACAUUGUAACCCGCUCCACGAGUGUUUGUCAGUCGCGGGAUAUGGAUAAUGUCGUCAAGCAUCACUGCCCGCCUUCCGGGCCAACACUGCGCUCCGAGGAAGACAUCCCAAGCCUUGGGACGCAAGCCCGGAAUUCGGAGGAACUCGAUUCGCAAAGCCGAGAAGAUCAACUUAGCCCUCAAGACACACCAAGGCAGAAGCCCCAGAACGAAGAAUCCAAUGCUGAUAGUCUGGACGAGGACAGCUCUCGGUUCGAUGCUGAGCGUUCUCCUUUUUCGCACUCACGAAGAUACGAAGAAGAAGAAUGGAGUGUCGGUACAGCAGUCGUUCGUCGACGACAAAACACGAGUCUGACCGUCAGGAGUGACUUGCAGUUCUCAACACCGAAAGCUGUGCGAGUUUCUACCACUAGAAGCUAUGAAGAGAAUAUGCGGCGCCUGGCAGUUUCUCCCCCUAAGCUGGGUCCCUUGGCAGACUACACUCACAGUUCCUCACCGGCCCAUUAUCGUCAGAGGAGAGCUGUAUCCUCACCGCUCAGAGUUCAGACGCGGCGAAACACGACCUAUCCAAGAGGUUUCGGUCACUGCGGGCUUGCAUCAAUGGAAGAGUCGUCGGAUGGAAUCGUCGGCACAGAUGCACAGGAUGAGUUUGCGACAUCAGAAGACGGCAUGGGCCGUUCAAAUACGUAUCUCUCGAGUCUGCCAGCCGCGGAAACGGGUGGUCAUUUUCUUCGGCCUUUACAUGUGGACGACCCAGCAUCCCGAGGCCACAAAAGAAAUCUUGCGAUGCACACGAUAAACACCAACGACCUGCGGAAUCUGACCGAGGCUGAAAUCGGCUCGAUCGUUGACCGCUCCCGAACGCCCAUGUUGGCACCACAUCCCAUCUCGCCAGCGAGGCAACUCCGGCUACAGAACAGCGUGCCGCAGCUCAUGAAGGCCUUGCCUCGGUCGCCGGGUAUUCCUGUUCGAAGCGAAUCUUGUUUCGCCAACUUUUACAGUCAAGAUCUCGAAUACACAACGGGCUUUUCUACCCUUGAUCCUUCUAGCUUCGGUGUCGAGCAACCAACUAUGGUUGACCCCAUGUUUCCAUACGGCUCAGAUCAACAAGAGCCAAAGUUCAAGACGCCGUCUUCGCCGUUGGCUUCUGCCGUGGUUCCAGAAGAGCUAGGAGAUGAUGGAGUAUAUGCUGAUUCGAGAGAGAAGCCAAGGCGCUCGGGCUCACGAAACAGUUCGCGAAAUAGUAAGCUGAAGCUCAAGGUUUCCCGAGGUGCUCUCAGCAAAAUGCAUGCGGAAGGCAUCGGAGGCAGGAGAAACACGGCCGCUGGGCCAGCAGGAGAAUGGUCUGGACCACAUCCCAAACCACGGGGUCGGCCUUCCAGACACCACAUGAAUCCAGGGGUAACAAACAUGGACAGCCUGGUAGAGUCAGCCGCAGAAGCCGAGAAGACUGACACAUGCGAUCAAGAGGUUGCUUUCCUCGACAGCCCUGGUUCAAGCAUUCCGGCGCCUGCAAUACCAGACUCUCACCAAGAUGAUGUUGGCGAUAAGUCAUCACCGGCCACACAGGGUCCUAGGGAAGUGACUAGUCCAACGGCUCGGAGUGAGGCGCGGAGCUCACUUUCACACGACAGCUGCGUCAGUGGGCAAUCGCCCCGAGGGCUGAAGAAACGCUUCCCGGAUUUACGAGUUCGCCUGGCGGAGUCCCGGUUGAGGUCGGCCGAAACACUGACUCCAGACGGGAGGAUAGGGGAGGUGAUUGAGGUGGUCCUUACUCCUCCUGUCGAGGCACCCAUGUCGGAGUCUGGGCAUGGCUCCAAGGUGAAUCUGACGACGAAAGAUGGAGAUGGUGAUAACAACGCCAGUGAUGAGGGAGCUGCUGGGAAGCAUCAAGGAAAAGGGUUCAGGGGGAGGAUGUCGAGAUGGUUCAAGGCUGCGAGGCAGGUGGUUAUGGGGGCCUGUAGUGGGUCGGGGAAACGAGGUUGA